GAACUGUAUUCCUAUUGGACGGCGGUGGUGUUGAAGCUCGCGAGGUGCCAAACGUCUCUUAGUGUAGAACAGGCUUCCGAAGGCGAGUGCGCCGCGCAUUCUCUGGCGAGUAAUGGAUGUGGAUGCGUUGCGCGCUGUCUUCUCUUGCACAGAGCGGAUGCUAUGCGACUCCGCACAUAUGGAGUAAAGUCAUCUACCAUACGAAUCUUCCAGCAAACCAUGGCGUAACGGGAGAGACAUGAGUAUCCACACAGAGGACAGUAUUAGCCUGUGCAAAAAGGCUCUCCAGAUUGUCACGGAGCUUUGUCUCGGGGGGCACGUAGACCGCGAGAAAUGCGCGGACAUCUUUCCUCUGGAGAGCUCCAUACCAGGUAAAGGCCGAAAAGACAUCUCUGUCAGCCUCCUGGCCGUGGUGGUGGCGUUCUGUGGCCUGGCCCUGUUGGUAGUCUCUCUGUUUGUCUUUUGGAAGCUAUGCUGGCCCCUCUGGAGGAGCAAGGCGCUCUCUGCGCACGCGGGCGGCGUCGUCCCGCCCGACGCCUCGCCCCCCCUGCUCCCGGAGGCGCCCCCCCCGGAGGAGAAGAAGCCCCCCGAGCCGGUGGAGGUGAAGGCCAACGGCCGCAGCACGGUCAAACUCCUGGAGGCCGCCAUGAAGAUCAGCCAGACCUCCCCGGACAUCCCCGCGGAGGUGCAGACCGCCCUGAAGGAGAAGCUGGUCAAGCAUGCCAAGGUCCAGAGGCAGACCACAGAGCCCACGUCCUCCUCCAGGCACAACUCGUUCCGGCGUCACCUGCCCCGGCAGAUGCACGUGUCGAGCGUGGACUUCAGCAUGGACAGCCUGCCCAUCCGGCAGCCGUCCACCAGCAUCGGCCGCAUCAAGCCCGAGCUCUACAAGCAGAAGUCCGUGGACUCGGAGGAGGAGGCCAAGGAGAAGGUGGAGACCUGCGGCAAGCUCAGCUUCUCCUUGCGCUACGACCACGAGGAGGGCGCCCUGCUGGUGGAGAUCCUGAAGGCCCUGGAACUGCCGGCCAAGGACUUCACCGGCACCUCGGACCCCUACGUGAAGAUCUACCUGCUGCCCGAGAGGAAGAAGAAGUUCCAGACGCGCGUUCACCGCAAGACGCUAAACCCGGUGUUCAACGAGACCUUCCAGUUCCCCGUGGAGUACGAUCAGCUGAGCAACCGCAAGCUGCACUUCAGCGUCUACGACUUCGACCGCUUCACCAGCCACGACAUGAUCGGCGAGGUGGUCGUGGACAACCUGUUCGAGCUGUCUGACCUCUCCCGGGAGGCCAUCGUGUGGAAGGACAUCCACUGCGCCACGACGCAGGAGAGCGUGGACCUGGGGGAGAUCAUGUACUCACUGUGCUACCUGCCCACGGCCGGGAGGAUGACCCUCACCGUCAUAAAGUGCCGCAACCUGAAAGCCAUGGACAUCACCGGCUCCUCAGACCCGUAUGUGAAGGUGUCCCUGAUAUGCGAGGGCCGGCGGCUAAAGAAGCGGAAGACGACCACGAAGAAGAGCACGCUCAAUCCCGUGUACAACGAGGCCAUCAUCUUCGACAUCCCGCCCGAGAACGUGGAGCAGGUCAGCCUGUCCAUCAUGGUGAUGGACUACGACCGGGUGGGACACAACGAGGUGAUCGGCGUGUGCCGGACGGGCCCGGAUGCGGAAGGCCUGGGGCGUGACCACUGGAACGAGAUGCUGGCCUACCCUCGCAAGCCAAUCACGCACUGGCACGCCCUCGGAGAGUGGGCAGGAAGAGCGACCAGUUUCGACAGUCAGGGAUCCUGUCCAUCUCCCAAACCUCCACUGACACCAUAGCACCAUCUGAAGAUAACUUCAAGCAAGAACCAUACCGCUGCUCCCAAAAAACUCUGAUAUUCUCUUGGUGGUAGUCAAACUAUUUACUUUCGAUUUGUGUUGGCUGAAAUCGCAUUGCUGGUUCUAAAAUAUCGACCGACUUCAAGUAUUACAAAUGCUGGACUGUUACCUCGAGGUGAGCAACAGCAGUUUAGAAUGCCUCCUGCCUGUGUGAUGGGACAACAGAUGAAAUUUAGCUUGAUAGCUAAUUCUGGGACAGCAAAAUGGCUGCCCACUGUCCCUAUCAAACAAACAGAUAAAUGUUAUUUUGAUACAGAUUUUCCUUUGGGGAGUGUGUGUUAUUGAUUUCUCGUUGUAAAAGAGGAAAGUGAGCAUUUCCAGCGACAAGAAUUAUAUCGUUUUACAUCCAAGAAAAGUGUAAACUUGGGUUGUGGUUUCCAGAACAUUCUCAAAAGAAAGAAUAUGAAUAUUCAUAACCAUUCAUGACGACCGGUUAUGGUCAAUAGGACUAAAUUAAUUAUGUUGGUCAGCCUUGGGCAUCAUGACAUUUUAUAUCAGUUGCCAUAAGCGACUGAGAUAAAGAGUUCUUACGUGUGUACAUGUCCUACACAUGUGGACAUAAUACGGUAAAUAAGGGACAUCUACUUCAAGAUCUUCAGGUAACAUGCUAUUGAGUUAUGUACUGUAGCUGAUGGGGCGAGGAAUUCAAUUAUUUCUCUUUGUAAUACUUGCAAUGAAUAAGAUAUUAUAUUAAAUAAGAUAUUAUAUUACACAGGACAUUGUAAUGUAACUUUGAAUUCACUUCAGUGUGCAUGUUUAUUUGGUAAUCUGUGCAAAUCUUAAAUGUUAUGUAUCUAGAGAAACUAUAUUUGAGCAGAGUUAAAGCCUACAAAUGUCUGGUUUCUCCUAUUUUCUCAGUGAGUUUCCAGUUAAAAUAUUUAAGUAUUGGAAAAUAUUUUUAAUACAAGUUGUCUGAAGCAGAAGUUUAGAUUGGGUUGUUGCACAAUCUUCAAUGCAUUGCACAUAGUGCAUAACGUGCUACUGUGUGUGGACUGUACAAAGCUCAGUUAUUGUGGAUUCGUUUCAUAUGUAUGUACCAAAGUCUAAAUUUUGGAUUUAGUUUAGAUUUGUUUCAUAAUAAUUAUGAAAGUAAAGGUAUAUUUAAUUUAAGCAGUGUGCCUAUUUAUGCUAUACAUUUCUGAUUUAACCUUCAGUACCGGGUUGUCCGGAAAACAAUUUAGUCCACCUAAAAUAUUUUUACCCUUCUAUGUACCUACUCCUUGAGUCACAAAGCUAUUUUUACUCAAACUGUAGAUUGUUGGAAAUUUACAACCCUUGUAAAAUCUGUUAACUUGUAAAGAUAUAGAUGUGUAUGUAUAUAGGCCUACAGUGCAGUCCGUAAACAUUGGGACGGUAACACAAUUUCUCUUUGUUUUGGCUCUGUACUCCAGAACAUUGGAUUUGAAGUGAAACGGACAUGAGGUUAAAUGGAAAUGAGGUUAAAAUAUAGGCUGUCGGCUUUAUUUGAACGUGAAACUUUCUUUUCAGAUUAUAUUUAUUUGUCCAAUUACCUUUGGUCCUAUAAAAUUGGGGACUACAUUUACAAAUGGUUUACAAAAGGUAAUUUCUACACAGAUCACCUGAUUUGGCUGUAAAUACCCCAAAUUACAGCUGACUGUCUGCAGCGUAGCCUCGUACCCAUUGUUUCAUUUCACAUCCAAUGUGCUGGAGUACAGGGCCAAAACCACAAAGAUUGUCUUAUGAGCUGCACUGUAUAUAUUAAUAAAGAGGCAAGUCAGAUGAUUUUGUCCUUCAGUGUUAUAGAAACAGAACUUCCAGUGUUACCAAUACAGAACUGGCAUUCUGGUUUAUGAUUGUUGUAGUUAAACUUCCAUAUGCAAAAUAGGCAUUUCUGGGCAGGUGCUGAUGCUUCUAUACAUUUUAAUUGGUUUUUUUUUUUUUUUACACUAAAUUUACACUCAACUGCUUUUUUGUGAAGCAAUAUGGAAGAAAUAGUAGCCAAGAAAUGUAGCAGGGUACAUUGCGUGCUUUGAAACUGGUGUUAUCGCUGUUUUUAAAAAACAUUAAAUAAGAAUAAACACAGUGGUACAAAACCAAUGGGGGGGAUGUUUUUUUUUUUCCUCUGUGUUACUUGACUGAGCCAAUCAAUGAUAACAGGAAGUGUACAAAGAGAAAAUGAACAUAUACUAAUAAGGUACUAAUAAACAGUAGUUAGUGAAAAAAAUUGGCCAAAAGCAAAACAGGGUGGUUUAAAUAUGCACUGAUGAUGAAAAGGCACUGAGACUAAUACCAUAAUGCAGGCAGUGCAUUCACAUACCACAGCUCCCAGAGUUAAUGGCUUUAUUGCUCAGUUUUGUUUACUUUCAGUCAUCUGGACACAUUCAUUUUUGCAAAAUAUUAAUCCAAGUCCUUUAUUUACAGUAAUUAUGCAAAAAAAAAAAAAAAAUUUUAUUGAGAAAACAGACAUGACAAAUUCAAAAGGGCUGUUGUAUAACUCUAGUUGGUCCCUAUUAAUAAUAAAUAAAUAAAUAAUUUUAAAAGAUUGUUAUUUUUUAAAAAUGUAGCACGUACUUUAAGUACACUGAGUAUGUUUCCUGGUCAGUGAAAUCAAUGUGCAAUGAGAGGAUACAUAUUUCAUGUCAUAUGCCAAUGUGUGUUUGUACUGUAUGCAUAUAAAGUCAUAGAUCAAUGGAUGUAUAUAUGUAUUUAAUAGCGACUUUUAAGAAAAUUGUCAUUAAAAUUUGUUAACAUUGAAAAUGUUCUGUUCAUGAACAGUAUGUACCCUGUACUGUUUUUCUUUGGAUUGUUUAAUGAUAACUUUUGCCAUGUGUUUUUGGACCUACUUUGUACACAGUUUGUCGCCUUUGUGAACAUUAUAGAGAAACAAUUUGCUGAAUUUUAAAUGUAUAUUGCACUAUGCCACACAGGACAUUCCAAGCUGAAGUUUCUGCUUCUUGAUGUGUAUCGUGUGAAUAUUUGUCAUAUAAAUAUAUUGAGCAGCAGCAAGAGCAGUCAAAAGUGUACAGUUUGUGAUAACUUUUGUAACAAGUAAGCAUUUGAAAUAUGAUUUAAAUGUACCUAAUUCCUAUGUAUUUUAAUGAGAACAUCAAAAAUAAACUUCAGUAUUGCGAUUUC